UGCAAAAAUCAAAAACGGAAAAAAUAAAAGYCAUUACACCAUGACAGUGGAGCUUAAAGUUGUUGGAAUGAAGUACCUAUCUUUACGAAGAUGAAAACUAAUUUAUAAACCUUGACAAAAUGCUGACACUUCUACUGAAGUCAGCGAGCAACUUGAUAAAUGUUGACAUCGGGAUAAACAACAAGAGCGACCCUUAUGUUAAAGCAACAUUUAGAGGCGAGGAAAGAAAAACGAAACACAUCGAUAAUAAUCUCAAUCCAGUUUGGACUGCAGAACACAAUAAUGUGUUGGAAUGGGACCUCGGACCGGAYCCCUUGGUGUUUAGUGAUGAACUACAUGUCAAAGUCAAGGAUUAUGAAAGAAUACUGCGAAAAAAAUUACUCGGACAAGUAACAAUUCCUAUAAAAGAUCUACUCAGAACCAAAGACUUCAMGAUCGAGCAAACAUACCCUCUCGUGGACAGCUACCACAAACGUCUAGUAAGUACUCUGUCGCUUAAGCUAGAGUAUAAGCCACCGAGACGAAUGUUGUCAUAUAUGGCGGAUGAAAUUGAUGCAGGCGAUGAGCAGGAACUAGUCGAAGGUGAAGAAGUCAGAGACGAAGAAGGGAAGGUGGUAUCUACDAAAAGUGGGAAACCAUCGGCGUCYAGAUUCAGUAUCCGACGAGAAUGGUCAACCAGGAAACGUACUUUUAAGAUAACGGUUAGAAUUCACGAGGGUCGACAAAUACCGGGUAUAAACAUCUCACCAGUAGCGCGUGUCACUAUCCAAAAAAACAAGAAAGAAACACGAGUCAAGAAGUCAACAAACAAUCCCGACUUUAACCAAACGUUUACGUUCAACUUCCAGCAUUGCUCUGAAGCUGAACUCUUUGAUGAACUAAUUGUUCUUGAGGUUUUCGAYUCAAGACAAAUACUUAGAAAUGCACUUAUUGGAUUCUUCGAGAGCGAUAUUGGUUUUAUUUAUGAAAAUCAAGACCAUUCAAUUGUCAGAAAAUGGGUUCUGCUCACUGGUGCAGGACUACGAGACGACGACGAUGAUGAUCUAAAGCAUGGUCUCAGUAAGUUUCUGCGAAGACGAGGACGUGAUGGRGGCAACGCGGGAUACCUGAAAGUAACUAUCACCGUGCAGGGGUCUGGUGAUGACAGACUGUCUAUGAAACAGCUGGAAGCACCGAUAGAUGAUGAAGACGACAUCGAAAAGAAUUGCCUGACGCCCGUUGGUGCCACACGAGAACCAGCCGAGUUCCAUCUCAAGGUCUUUAUGGCAGAAGAUUUACCUCAGAUGGAUGCAGGUUUCGUCGCAACAUUUCGUCGACUGUUCCUUCCUGGCAAUGAUAAACAAUGGGAUCCCAACCAGAAGAAAAAGCUCGUCGAUCCAUAUUUUGUCUUCAGUUUUAGUGGUAAAGAGGUUAAAACAAAGACUUUGUACCGUACAAAUAACCCAUCAUUCAACCAGCUYCUUMGGCUACCAGUAAUGUAUCCAACAAUGAGUGAGCGAAUCAAGUUUCAACUUUUUGACAAGGAUCGUGGACCGAAUGAGAAUGACAUCAUUGCYACAUCUUUUCUAUCAMUGUCACAAAUCUCAGGRWAUGAAUCAUCUGUAUUUUCGCCUCAUUUUGGUCCGUGUUUUAUCAACUUUUAUGGGUCUCCAAGAGAAUUCAGAUUUAUUAAUUCUGAGAACUAUGAGAAGCUGGACAAUGGAAUUGGAGAGGGCGUGGCAUAUCGUGGUCGUGCCCUGGUUGAGYUGACCCAAUCAUGGACGGUUGGUAACUCCCCAAACGUUCAUAACAUCCACGACGAAGAUGUAGUACGAGUGCAGCCAUUCUUAAGGCAAGACAAGUACAAGCUGUUUGCGUGCUUCAAAAACGCGGCRAUGAUCAGCAAGAACGACAAAGCCAUCGAAUUUGAAGUCAGCAUUGGUAAUUUUGGUAACAAACUCGACGAGACUGAAGUWGCUUGCAAUACUCCACCGACUAACCCUGUGUACGACGGUUCACAUUACCACUAUCUGCCAUGGCAUCACUACAAACCCUGCAUUUGCCUUAACUGCCACUGGGAGAAUAUAGCAUUUAGAAUCGACCCACUUAAYAUCAUCAAUAGAUUGUGUGAACAAUUGGAUGCCAUAGUCACAGGAGUUAAAUUAAACAUGGAAUCCGAUGAAGAAAAAGAAAAAGAAGGACCAAGACAAGAACAACCAGAAAACGAAGAAGAAAAGAAGACAUCAACAUUGAAAAUCGGUUUGCAGCAAAUAAUUCAAAAAUGCCGACAUGCUAAAAAUUACAUCAUAGUGCACAAAAAUAGACCACCUAUCAAUACCUUGGAUGUUACACUUGCUGUGAAUCGACAAGAGGAAAUUGAUAAAACCAUUCAAGAAGCACGAGAAUUGUUUCGAAAGCUUUCACACGCAACGGAAGAAAAUGUUGAUCUCAAGAAAAUAGUUCAGGACAUGGAGGAUUAUGUUUCGCGUUUGAAGAGUUUGGCGUAUGAGCCUCAGAUAAGUAUCCCGGAUGUAAUCAUUUGGAUGCUGUACGGCGGAAAUAGAAUUGCUUACCACAGGGUACCCAUUCAAGAUGUUAUGUAUUCACCAAAUAUAGACACACGAGGGAAAUAUUGUGGAACGACCAUGGAGCUUCUUAUGAAGUACCCUGGGAAUGCGAAGCUUGAURAUGAAUACCAGGAAGUGCCAGCCAUGGUUCGCGUUGAAUUGUGGGUAGGUCUUGAAGAGCAUCAGAARGAUUGGAUUCGCCGCGAAGCUCAGGAAGGGGUGUUCAAGAUUUAYGCUGAAACAUAUAAGAACGAAAUGAAGACUCCCAUUGUUGGAUGGACAAAUCACUUUUCAUUGCGCCCACAAUUCUCAAAUGCCAGCGGAGACGUCCCCCUAAACAUGAAAGACUUCGUCCUAGCAAAAGGAUGGGAGUUCAGAGGYGACGAAAAACCUCAUCUCGACAGGAGUUUGAUGUACGAGCAAGACUGGGCACUAAGUAAAUACACGGAGGAAAUCUGGGAACACCAGGGUAGGAAUCUCCUUGGUGGAGAGUGGAGCAAUGAUUCCCAAUGGAAAGAGGAGGAUGGCCAAGAAUCUGGGAGCCCUGAUGAUUUCCAGAUUCGUCCAGGAUGGAAAUGGACUGAUAAAUGGAGAGUAGACAGAAACAGAGCAGUAGAUGCUGAAGGGUGGGAAUACUGCAUAAGCGAAGGACUUGAUGGGAUUUAUGUCAAAGCUUCCAAGGCUUUGCACAUGACGCGAAGAAGACGGUGGGUUAGAACUAGGGAACUCGAAGACGCAUCAAGAAAGCGCACCCAUGAAAAGUUUAAGAAGCAAACCGAAGAAGGAUGGGAAUACGCUGCCACAUUUGACAGUAAAUUCCACAUCAACGAAAGAACCAGGGACUUGGUGAGACGAAAGCGACUGCUGAAAGAAAUUGUGCCUCAAUCAGGUAGAAAGAUCGAGAAUCUUGGUCUGCCACCAAGGCUUGCCAUUGACGUAAAAARGGCAAAACUGAAAAAGUCUAAAACAAAGCUGAAUGGAAAGGAAAGUCAAACGAGUCAGGAAGAUUCUGAAGAAAUGGAAAUGAGGGGAUGCCUAGCCGUAAAUCCGCGAAUGUUCAUCGUUUAUGAGMGACCCCACAAGUUUCAGCUGUGGGUGUACAUCUACCAAGGUCGUAGUUUACUUGCAAAGGACGACAGUGGUGAAAGUGAUCCUUACGUUCAAGUCGCUUUUUGUAAUCAAAGUCAGAGGACGGAAUGGAAACGCCAAACGUUAGCACCCAAGUGGGAYCAGAUGCUUAUUUUUCCACACGUGGAGUUGUUUGAAACAAUGGAGAACAUUAUACACUCUCCUCCUAAAAUUAACAUGGAAGUAUUCGAUAGAGAUCCUGUGGGUAAACAUGACUUCAUUGGCCGAUGUAUGGUGACGCCUGUCGUUCAAACCAAAGGAGGAAGUUCCGAGCCUCCUUCUUUGACAUGGAUAUCGCUARACAGCAGAGCAUCCAAUGCUGGACAAAUCCUCGCAACAGCCGAACUAUUCCUUGACGAGGGACAGCAGAUGCCUUCCCUACCUAAGCCAAGAGGGUCCGUCAAGUCUCACUACAUUUACCCUGUACGCAAAGGCGUUAGUCCUGAAUUACAAAGAGUCGCAGUWGAGAUUUUAUGCUGGGGCGUUCGAAAUUUGGAGCCUUACAACUUUCGCAACGUUGAUCAACCAAGUGUCAAGUUUGAAUGGGGAAAUAAAACUAUYUCUUCAGAAAAGUUARAAAAUGCAAAACAAAAUCCAAAUUUUUCAAAACCUGUUCUUGAGCGGGAAAUUCUGAUAAUUGAAAAGGGGCACUUCGCUCCAGCUAUGGAAAUACGAGUAUAUGACAACCGUAAGUUUAGCAUGAAACCCCCCCUKGUUGGAGUUGUGAYAGUCCCUUCAAUUGAGAUGUCGAAUCCAGCAACAUUAGACUUCUAUGAUGAGCCAGCUUCACCAUUUUCACCCUUUCCCACAACUCAACAACGCAGAAUUGAAGAGCACAAGAAGGGGAAAGAGCAAUUUGACUGGUGGUCUAAAUAUUACUACUCAGUGGAAACAAAGAGAUUAACAAAGCAAAUCAAGUGGGAUUCAAAGAUUUUGAGCAUGUUUUCAAAUGAAGACGACAAAACAAAAGACCAUCUUGCAAUCUACAGAGAAAGGAAGUAUGACUCCAUUGAGAUAUUUGAUAGAGAGCUCGAAAAAGUGGAGGAAUUUGAAGGACUCAAUGACUUUGUGAAAACGUUCAAACUGAAGCGAGGAAAGUGGAAAGGCGAAGACGAAGAUGAAGACGAUGUUGUGGGAGAGCUCAAGGCCAAUAUUCGUGUUUAUCCAGUUGAAAACGACAGCAAAGACCAUCUACCACCAGGAUUGUUUAGUAAUUUGAGUGAAGUCAACAUGAAAUGGCCAAUCAAGUGUGUCGUGCGCGUUUACGUCAUUUGUGCAUUCGACUUACAGGCACAUGAUGCGAAUACUGGAUUGGCGGACCCUUUCCUGUCUGUGACGGUUGGCAAUAAUACUCAAACAAGCAAGGAAGUGCAGCAUAAUACGCUGAACCCAAUUUUUGGAGARAUGUUUGAGUUCACUGCUUCUAUUCCUAUUGUAAAAGACCUUAAGAUUAAAGUWAUUGACCAAGAUGCGCUUCUUGAUGAGGACAUCGGUGAGACCACUAUCGAUCUCGAACAAAGACUGCUGUCCAGAUWCCACGCUUCCUGUGGGCUGCCAAAAUUAUACUACGUUGGUGGACCGUUUGCGUGGCGAGACUGUAAGACACCAAAAGACAUUCUAAAAGAGUAUUGUCAUGCAACGGGAUGCGAAAUGAAAUUCUAUCCACCAAARUCUACUAAACGUCCCCCAAACACCCUCGUACUGAAUCAGCCCAAGAACAGCACAGCAAAGCCGAUCGGUCCGUUUUACCUUGACMACAUAGAAAACUAUGACGAGACYAACAAAGAUCACGGAAGUCGCGAUCAGCAGCUCUCCCUUUAUGCUCUUCAUGGCCUGGGUCUAGUACCUGAACACGUGGAAACUAGAUUGUUGUACAGCUCGUUUCUGCCAGGAUUAGAACAGGGCAAGCUGCAGCUUUGGGUUGACAUUUUUCCUAAAUUACAAAAUGUUGAUAUUAAACCAGCCGUUGACAUCAAACCAAGGACACCGAUACCUUAUGUACUGCGUGUAAUCAUUUGGGACACAACAGAGGUUGAACUGCAAGAAACGUCAAUCACUGGAGAUCAAAUGAGCGACAUCUACGUAAAGGGGUGGAUAGAUGGUAUUGAUGAAAAACAAAGAACAGACUAUCACUAUAGAUCGCUUAAUGGUGAGGGAAACUUCAACUGGAGAAUGUGCUUCCCAAUUUCGAUUUUGCCUAUUGAGAAUCAGUUGGUUGUUUCCAAAAAGGAAAAGUUUCAUCACCUGCACAAAACAACACAAAAGCUUGAUCCGAAAUUGAAAAUACAGAUUUGGGACAAUGACAAAUUCUCUCCAGAUGAUUUCUUGGGGACACGAACGCUUGCACUGAACGAUCUACCAAAGCCUUGCAAAACCCCAAGAAAUUGCGCAAGCAAAGACGACCCCAGCAUAAGGCAAGAUCGCUCACGUGAUUACGUAGACUUCUUUCAUUGCGGACCGAAGUCUGUACGUGGAUGGUAUGCCUGCUGGAAGGAUGAAACGAAUAAAACAGAGAAGCCUGGGGGCAAGGUCGAUUUACAAAUUGAACUACUCACUGAAGCACAAGCCAAGGAUCAUCCAGCAGGACUUGGACGUAGUGAUCCAAAUCAACAUCCAUUCCUACCCGAACCAGAUCGUCCCAAGACCUCUUUUCUKUGGUUCGCAUCACCGUUCAAAACAAUGCGUUUCAUAGUGUGGAGACAUUAUAAGUGGUAUAUCAUUGGUUUUAUCAUCACGGUGCUACUUGUACUGUUGAUUCUGCUGUUUGUAUACAACGUCCCUGGAUACAGCGUAAAGAAACUGUUUGGAGCUUGAUGAGACAGAUUUUCAUAUUUAUAUCCCUCUAGCGAGAAAAUACUCUAUUUAUUCAAAUAGCAAAACCGAAUAGAAUUAACAAUGUGAAGAAAAUUUUAAGUUUUAACUCUAGUGAAGCCAUCAAAGUUUGAUAAAGUUAGAAUUAAAACAAGGUCUUCUAUAUAGUAUAAAGUUGCACCAACUCUGUGAGAAAUGAAAAACAAAAUGGGUUGUUAAAUUUGUAACAAAUAAAAUUAUAAUUGCAAAUAAAAAAGUUAUUUUUUCUGAA